AUGACAGGUGCUGAGGUUGAAUGCAUAGAUAAGGAGAGGAAAGCCUUGCUUCUGUUUAAGGCUGCUCUUGGAGAUAAUGAUGGCCUUUACACAUGGUCUUCAUGGGGUCACAAAUUGAACAAGAAAGAUUGUUGUGAAUGGGAGGGAGUUCGCUGUAGCAACCGAACGGGUCGAGUACUGAAGCUAGACCUUCAUGGUGAUUCCAUCCAACCCUUUUUGCGAGGUAAGAUCAGUGCUUCUUUAGUAGAGUUGCAAUACUUGAUGCAUUUCAACCUUAGCUUUAAUCAAUUUUACGAUAGCCAUAUCCCAAAAUACUUUGGCCUUUUAACCAACUUAAAGUACCUUGAUCUACGAGAUUGUGGUUUAAGCAAUCGAAUUCCAAGUCAACUUGGGCAUCUUUCACACCUACAAUAUCUUGAUCUGAGCUUUAAUUAUAUGAAAGGCCCAAUCAUUUAUCAAUUGGGAAAUCUCUCACAAUUGAAGUAUCUUGAUCUCUCAAUGAGUGAUCUUCAAGAAGCAAUUCCUUAUCAACUUGCAAAUCUCUUACAAUUAAAGUAUCUUGAUCUCUCAAUGAGUGGUGUUGAAGGAGCAAUUCCUUAUCAACUUGGAGAUCUCUCACAAUUGCAACAUCUUGAUCUCUCUGAGAAUAAUCUUAAAGGAGCAAUACCUUAUCAACUUAGGAAUCUUUCAAACUUACAAAGGAUUUUCCUUGAUGGUAAUGAAGCUCUCAAAAUUGACCAGGAGAACGGUUCUGAAGGUGAGUGGCUAUCUGGCCUCACUUCUUUAACCCAUCUUAAAUUGGGGUUCAUAACCGAUCUCAAAUACUCUCAUAAGUGGCUACAAAUGAUUGGAAUACUACCUAACUUGAAGGAAGUAAGCUUAUCAAAUAUUGGUCUUUCAUACCAAUAUAUCCUUUCAUUGCCUUCUUUUAAAUUCAAUUCCUCCUCUCUUUCUAAAUUUGAUCUAUCUGGGAAUAGUUUCAUGUCACCUGCAAUAUUCCAUUGGAUCUUAAACGUUAGCCAUAAUCUUGUUGAGCUUGAUCUUUAUGGGAACAACUUCUUAGAGGAUCCCAUACCAUAUAAUUUUGGUAGCAUCAUGAGUUCUCUAGAGAAUCUAGACCUUGGUUCAAAUAACCUCACAAUAACUAGUUGGAGCAUGAUGGAUGUUUCUGAGGAGCCAAAUGCCUUAUUGAUGUGGAAAGAGGAAUUGGGAAUGUUAGUUGAAAUGGUAUCAUUAAACUUAUCAAGAAACCAAUUAGAUGGAGAAAUUCCAUCCGAGAUUGGACGAUUGAAAUCGUUAGAUUCUCUUGAUUUGUCGAGAAACCAUUUCUCUAGACAAAUUCCUUUUAACCUUACUCAAAUUGAUUAUCUUGUAGUGUUGGAUUUGUCACAUAACAUUCUUUCUGGGAAAAUUCCAAUCGGCACACAAUUGUAG